CGAACGCCGCGCGGUUAUCACGUAUUGUUGUGUUGCGAGGUAUUUGUACCGCGCGCCAACCAAAUGUUUACGCGACUGAUGAAGUUUCGCCCCCAGAAAAACUUUUGAGAACCAUCCAAAUUUGUUUAUGUGCUAUUACCGUGUUACUCGUGGACCUUAGUUCUCAAUAUGGGCAGUAAAACUCCUACAAAUCCACCAUCACCGCCAAGGGCUCAAGUUAAAAAGGAAAACGAAGAAGAAAUCAAGGAAUUCGCGGAGACUGCAAUGAACGAGCUUCUGGGCUGGUACGGGUACGAGCGACUCGAGCUGCGGCGCUGGGCUGCCUCGCGCGCACGAGACGCCUCCAGCCCGGAACAAAGUGGAGAACACAAGAUGAAAGACGAGUGUUCAUGGUGCAACAAGAGGACGCGCGAAGGCGGUGCUAUCCAGCAUGCAGGGUCCACCUUUUGUUCGGAGUUGUGCUUCAGCCAGUCCCGUCGCGCCAACUUCAAACGCGCCAAGACUUGCGACUGGUGCCGUCACGUUAGGCAUACUGUUGCUUAUGUGGACUUCCAGGAUGGUGCCACUCAGCUUCAGUUCUGCUCGGACAAAUGCCUCAAUCAGUAUAAGAUGCAUAUAUUCUGCCGUGAGACGCAGGCGCACCUCGAUCUCAACCCACAUCUGGUGAACGCCUCGUCUACCUCCAAUCUAAUUACACCCGACCUUUGGCUUAAGAACUGCAAAAGUCGGUCAACGUCACCGACAUCAGAAAAAUCAGGAUCACCUAACCCCGAAAAUAUGACUGUAUCAAAACCUACAGAAAAGACAGAACCGGCAAAACCACAAAGAAAAUCUCCAUUACCUUUAAUAACCAUAGCGCCAACUGCAAAGCUAAUGAAAUCAAAAGGUUGCGAAGAAAAGACUAAGUCUCCUGAAACAAAGAAGGAUCUCAGAAAUACUAAAAUGAAUUUGCGGAAACGACGCUCAUCGAAGUGCUCUGCCACUGUGACGUCACAAAGUAUGCGACAGCAUGCUACAACACCGAAAGCGCAAGAUCUACGAAUGUGCAGCCCAUCAGGUGGAUCUUCACCCGCGUCUAUAGCGGGAAGCAGUGCGAUUCACUCACCGCCUCAGCCUUUAACGCACCCUAUACCUCCUCCACCUUUUCCUAGCCCAAUGUUCGGCAUCCCACCUCCGGUAUUCAUGGAAAAUGGGCCGGAAAUGAGGCACCCAAGCAUGUACCCACCGCGACCUUUCCUACCGCCUCGACCUGGAAUACAAAUCCAUCAAGACAGACCCCGGCUUCCACACCCCUUUCCCAACCCGCUGGGUCAAACUCCACCAGUUACAGUAUUAGUUCCCUACCCUGUCGUUUUACCUAUUCCAUUUCCAAUCCCGAUUCCAAUACCGAUCACAUCGUUCAUUCAAGCGCACUGCCUAAAUAAAGUGAAAAGCGAGGUCAAAAAUGACGAUACAGAAGGUCCUUUGGAUUUUACCAUGAACGGAAAUAAAGACGAUGAUAAAAAUAGUGGCGAAAAGGAGGUAGUAGAAGAAAGAGAUUCACCUGAGCAAAGUGAAAUAAAUGAACGAUUGCAAAAUGAUAGAAACGAUAAUGAAUAUAUUGAGGGAAAUCCAGAACAAACAUUGCCAAAAUUUAAAAUCACGAGGCUAGGAAAUAAAAUGGCCAAAAUUGUCACAAAACCACGGGAGCCAUCGGAAUCUACGAGACCUUUGAGAAAACGGCGAAGACUUGUCGAAGUUACGACUGAAGACGAUUCGCUUAUUCCUAAAACUCGUAAAAUUGUGGAAGUGUAAUUCAUAUGAACACUUAAAUACCACUAUCCAUAGAUUAAAUUCAUACAUAUCACACAAAACAUGAUAAUCAGAGCUAAGUGCAACAUACUUUGAAUUGCUAGUCUUAGAUAUAAGCCUAUCGAUUUAUAACUUCUUAGUUAAGGCAUAUCUACUAGAGCGCACUUAAAUGUGAUACUACAUAGUAA